AUGGCGCCCUGGAAGAUCGAGCCCGUAACCCUCGCCGACGCACCCGUCCUGGCGCGCAAUAACAUGAGCGCCUUCUGGACAAACCAUAACUGGACCCUCGUCUGGCCCAAGGACACGACGCUCGACUUCCUCAUCACACAGACCACGAAACGCUUACCCAACAACCUCAUACGCGACCGCGCCACCCUGCGCCACCAAAAGGCCGUCGACCCGCAGACGGGUGAGCUCGUGGGUUACGCGCGCUGGGAGCUGCCGUCCGGAUAUGAGGAAGCGACAGCGUGGGCGGACUUCCAGAUUGCGGAUGUGAGCGAGGAGGAGAGGACGGCCAUCAAGGCGCAGGCGGACGCCGCGUGGUGGAAGCCGAUUGACAUGAGCGGGAUCGACGACUGUGUACCCCAAAAGAAGAGGAUCAUGGCCGAGAAGCCCUAUAUCAGCCUCGACUACCUUGCUGUGCAUCCCGACCAUAAAGGCAAGGGAAUAGCCACCGUCCUUGUCCAGGAGGGCAUGCGGCUUGCCGAGCAGACGGGGAUUGACCUGUUCAUCCUUGCUUUCGAGGCCGCCUUGAACGUGUACAAGAGGUUGGGCUUCCAGGAGGUCCAUCGCGGCUACCAAGAUGACACCAAGUACGGAGGCAAGGGUUACUGGGUGACCCUGUUGACGUAUGAAGUCAAGAAGACCAAUGACCCAUGA